AUGGCAAAAACGAAGCCAGACCAAGUGCCAGUGCCAGAACGAGUAGCGGAGGAGCUGGAAUCCAGCGUUGAGCCCGUCAGUGAGCAACCUGUUACCUCCGAUGUGGCAUACUCUGCCUUCACAGGUCCCCAGAAGAAGGCCAUAGUCCUCUCAGCGGCGCUGGGAGCUGUCUUUUCUCCUAUGUCCACCACCAUAUAUCUGCCAGCCUUGAACGAGAUAGCUGGGGAUCUCCACGUGAGCAUUUCGAAAAUAAACCUGACGGUUACCACGUUCUUAAUUCUUCAGGGACUGGCCCCAAUGAUGAUCGCUGGUUUCUCCGAUGGUGCCGGCAGAAGACCAGCGUACAUCUACUGCUUUAUCGUCUAUAUCGCGGCAAACAUUGGGCUGGCUUUGCAAAGAAACUUCGCUGCGCUGUUGGUGCUGCGGUGUCUUCAGAGCGCUGGUAGCAGUGGAACCGUUGCUCUUUGCAACGGAGUUGUUGCCGAUCUUGUUACGAGUGCGGAUAGAGGGAUGUAUGUUGGCUACACCUCGGUUGCCUCAAUCCUCGGCCCCAUCGCGGGUCCCAUCAUAGGUGGUGUCAUUGCCCAGUAUCUUGGGUGGUGGUGGAUCUUCUGGUUCUUGACCAUCUCUUCUGCCACAUAUUUCGUGUUCUUCUUCUUGUUUCUACCAGAGACAUGUAGAAAAGUGGUGGGAGACGGCUCGAUCCCGCCACCAAAGUUGAAUCAGUCACUGACAGGCAUCAUACGGGAAAGGCGCCGGAUCAAAGCUGGGAUUAUUGUGGAUGCCGCCCAGCAGGAAGCUGUUCGCAAGAAUUAUAGACUGAAGUUUCCCAAUCCACUGUCGACGCUGGUCAUCGCUGGGGACAAAGAAUCCGGGCUCAUUCUUUUCUGCAGUGGCUUGCUAUUUGCCAUUCUUUAUGCAACCACAACGGGUAUACCCUACCUGUUUGGAAAGAUCUACGGCUUCGAUGAGCUGCAGCUGGGUCUGGUCUACAUCCCCUUCGGUGCCGGUAGUGUGGUUUCUGCACUUUCCACAGGGAAGGCUAUCGAUUGGAAUUAUCGAAGACACGCCAAGAAAAACGGGUUUCCAUUGACCAAGAAUCGCCACCAAGAUCUUACUAACUUUCCGAUUGAGAAAGCGCGCCUUGAGGUUGCCCUACCCUUGCUAUACAUUGGCAACAUAGGCUCGAUUGCUUAUGGUUGGACUCUGGACUACAGAACAAACCUGGCUGGUCCCCUCAUUCUGUUAUUUGUGUUCGGCUACGGCUCCAUGGCUGCCUUUCAAGUCAUGCAAAUUUUGAUGGUCGAUAUCAAUCCCGGAAACGCGGCGUCGGCGACCGCAGCCAAUAACCUAUUCCGUUGCUUGCUUGGAGCAGGAUCGACUGCUGUUGUGGUACCAAUGAUCGAUAAGAUGGGUGUUGGAUGGGCUUAUACUUUCGCUUCUCUCGUCUGGAUUGCCUUGAGCCCUAGCUUGUGGCUAUUAAUGAAGUACGGUCCUGGAUGGCGCAAAGAUAAGAAGGAAAAAGAACAUCGAAAAGAGAAGGCCAAGGGCGAGAAGGCAGGAACAAAGGAAGCGAAAUCGGACCUGGAUGUAAUGCAAGUUGGGCAAAUUCACGAGUCUCCUGUGGUAGAUGAGCAAGUGCAAGAAGAGAAAGUGGCCGAGACCCACGUUCCAGAGGCAGAAGAGCAGACCCAAUUAGAUUUCAUAGCAGCGAGUCAUAUCGCCCCUGCAGCAGAGCCUAACAAGGUCAAUUGA